CUCAACACAAACAUAACAAGACCACUCAACCACCAGGACUCCAUCCAAAAUGCCAGUCACACGCAAAUCAACUCGCUCUCGUGGAGGCGCCGCCGCCUCUGCCCAAGGCAAACAGCAGACGCUCUCCUUCCACCACCGCGUCACCAAGCCGACCGUCAAAACAGGCAAAGACCUCAUCAAAGAGGAGGAAGCACCUGAGACCGCAACCAAGACCAAGACCAAGGACAUCAAGGUCGAAGAGGAAGCCAUUAAAGAACCCGAGCCUAGCGAGUCGGAAGAGGAGGAGGAGCACGAGAAGAAGAAGAAGAAGAAGCAGCCACAUGCCAAGGUGAAGAAGCCUGCAAAGAAAGCCGCGACUAAGCACGUCAAGGAAGAAACCAGGCAGGAGGAACCCAAGCAGCAGGAGAAAGAGGAUGAACCAAAGAGAAGCGAAAUCGAACUCUGCGCCCUUGAGAUCCCGCAAUCUGCCAUUGAUGCUUAUUGGAACAAGAUCGACUCGGCGCGCAUGGCGCCGGCUGUGCACAAGAAGCAUACGCAGGACUUGACGACAGGGGAGAAGGUUCUUAGGUAUUUUGAUGUUAGUAGUCAUUAUGGUCCUUGCAUCGGAAUUACUCGUCUCAAGCGCUGGCAGAGGGCAGAGAAACUGGGACUUAACCCCCCUCUUGAAGUCUUGGCGGUCUUGUUGAAGGAGGGAGAGGGCGAAAAUAAGGCUAGUGAAAGAGCGCAUAUGGAUGAGUUGAUGAACAGCGUUUCUACUGGUCCUUGAUCACAAGGUCUCCUUCGGCAUUUGAAGGCCAGUCUGGAAGUUCAUCAAGCGCAGGAUCCUACAGGUAUGGAUUGGGAUGGGUUGGGAUACGAGUCACAGUACACACAGUUUUAGCUGGGUUGGCGAGGCGUUCAUGGGGAAUUGGUUUGCGGAAGAUAGUCUACGUUGGGUAUGGACAUGAAGUAACAUGGGAAAUGGGAUUUGGGUCGGAUUUCGAGUUGUAUCGAAGCUAUCACAUGUCAACGAUGCGCAAAGUACUCUAUAGCUUGUCUUUUCUCUAGGAUCGAUGUUCUGAAAGAAAUCUAGGUGUAUGCGUCCUCG